AGAUCAGCUAAUAGAAAAGAAGAGCAGCUAAGUCCUGUGGACCUGAUCGACUUAAUACAGGAGCUACAGAUUUCAACUACUUUGGCCUAACUCUUCCCUGAAACGAUGAAUUACACAAGUUAUAUUUUGGCUUUUCAGCUUUGCGUGAUCUUGGGUUCUUCUGGUUGUUACUGCCAGGCCCCAUUUUUUGAUGAAAUAGAAAACCUAAAGAAAUAUUUUAAUGCAAGUAAUCCAGAUGUAGCAGAUGGUGGGCCUCUUUUCUUAGAAAUUUUGAAGAAUUGGAAAGAGGAGAGUGACAAAAAAAUAAUUCAGAGUCAGAUUGUCUCCUUCUACUUCAAACUCUUUGAAAACUUAAAAGAUAACCAGAUCAUUCAAAGGAGCAUGGAUAUCAUCAAGCAAGACAUGUUUCAGAAGUUCUUAAAUGGCAGCUCCGAGAAACUAGAGGACUUCAAAAAGCUGAUUCAAAUUCCGGUUGAUAACCUGAAGGUCCAGCGCAAAGCCAUAAGUGAACUCAUCAAAGUGAUGAAUGAUCUGUCACCAAAAUCUAACCUAAGAAAGCGGAAGAGAAGUCAGAAUCUGUUUCGAGGCCGAAGAGCGUCGAAGUAAUGGUCAUCCUGCUGGCAAUAUUUGAAUUUUUAAAUCUAAAUCUAUUUAUUAAUAUUUAAUAUUUUACAUUAUUUAUAUGGGGUAUAUAUAUUUAGACUCAUCAAAGUAUUUAUAAUAGCAACUUUUAUGUAAUGAAAAUGAGUAUCUAUUAAUAUAUGUGUUAUUUAUAAUUCCUGUAUCCUGUGACAAUUUCAUUUGACCUUUUUUCCUGACUAACUAGGCAAGUCUAUGUGAUUAUAAGGUUUUAUCUCAGGGGCCAACUAGGCAGCCAGCCAACCUAAGCAAGACCCUGUGGGUUGUGUGUUUAUUUUACUUGGUGAUAUAAUGAAUGCUUAUAAAUGAAAUGAUGCCAUACAGUUACUGCCUGUUUGAGAGUAUGUCUGCAUUCUGAGCCACUGCUUUGAUGGAAUGUCAAACAGACUUGAAUGUGUCAGAUGAUAUGACUUGUCCCCCUGAUAAAAACAGCAUCUCACCUCAUCUCAUGCCUAGUACUUCAGAAUAUUGCUGAUAACUUAACUGUGAUUGCACCCAAAUGGAAAGUAAUACAUUUGUUGAGUUUAUCAAUAUGCAAUAUAUAUGAAUAAAGUAUCAUUUUAUAA